AUAUCGAAAGGUCGAUACCUACAAGUAAAUAUGUUAUAGCGAUAUAUUGAAGUUUUUAACAGAAAGUAUAAAGAACAUUAAAUUCGUCAACGAACGAAUUUUAUAUUUGUGCAAUUAGAAUUAUUUCGAAAAAAUCACAAUGAACUUGUUUACGAGACAAUGUAUGAGGAUUCUUAAAACGUCCACUCAAAUUUGCAUUAAUAGUCCGAAAACUAUUGGUUAUAAAAGUGCGGUUUCUUUGGAAAAUUUAUAUCCUGGAAGUAGCUUGAAAUUAUUUACAGCUAAUUUCGUACCAGAAGAUCCCUCGGCCAAAUUUAAUGGAUAUAUUCCUAUCGAAAAAUUAAAUAUAACCUACAAUCGUAGUAGUGGUCCUGGAGGACAACAUGUAAAUACUGUAAACACUAAAGUAGAUUUAAGAUUUAAUGUGAAAGAUGCUACAUGGUUGUCGACUGAAAUUAAAAAGAAACUAUUGGAACAGCAAAAAAACAAAAUAAAUAAAGAAGGCUUUUUAAUAAUUAAAUCCGAUCUCACAAGAUCUCAACAGUUAAACUUAGCCGAUGCAUUAGAAAAACUUAGAACAUUGAUAUGGAAAACUGUGGAAGAGCCACCGCAAAUGACCCAAGAAACCGAAGAGAUUAUAAGAAAGAGACAACUCAAAGCUGCGAGGGAAAGAAUUUUUGUAAAAAGAAUACGUUCGCAGAUAAAGCAAAGUAGACAGGGCACUCCUGUAGACUUUUGAAUGCAAAAGAUAACUAUAUAGAAGAUGUAUUUGAACGUACAGAAACUAGUAAUAGAAGAAUAAAAUAUAAA